CGACGCUCAUUUGAAGACGUUGUUUACCAUUAUGGCGACCAGGCCCCGCUGAGUGUGUCCUUUAUUACAACACAGUUUUCGCAUCAAAUACACAAAGAAAUUGGUAUUACCGGCUUCCUACAGGACCUCGGUGAACCGUAAUCACCCUGGACGUUAGGAGGGGCUUAGAUAGAGCGCGGCAGACCAAGUGAGCGGCGGAAGAGGUGUUGGCGCCACUCGGGGACGUGGGACAACAUAGUCAUCUAAGCAAAUUCAAAAUGCCCAAGAAAGACGUGUUUAAGCCCGGCGACCCGGUGUUUGCCAAGGUGAAGGGCUACCCACACUGGCCGGCGAGGGUUGAAAACUUUGAGCCAGAUCCAUCUGGGAAAGCACUGAAGAAAUAUCCAGUAUUGUUUUAUGGAACAUAUGAAACGGCAACAUUGAAGCCAGAUGAUAUCUAUCCAUAUGAAGAAAAUUUAGAAAAAUUUGGAAAGGCUCAGAAGAGGAAAGGCUUCAAUGAAGGCUUAUGGCAGAUUGUACACAAUCCUAACUUUGACCCAAAUAUUCCCAUACCUCCUGAAAUAUUGGCAAGCUGUAAUUCAGCACCAAGUACACCAAGGACUCCUCUUGGGAAACCUGGGACAAAAUCUGUGGACUCUACUCCAGUUGAUGGAGUGAAGAUAAAGACAGAAGAGUCUGAUGAAGAAGUUGCUGAUCUGGUUAUUGAUGAGUCCAGUGGUAAAGAGAAAAGAGCUGGUAGAAAACGUAAGAGACAAGAUUCAGACGGCACACCAGCUGAGGUAAAGAAGACUCCCAAAGACACACCAAAGCAGACCAGAGGCCUUCAGAAAGAAACUCCCAAAGACACUCCCAAGACACGGCUUGGAGCCAAGGAAGGGCAGGCAACAGAAACAGCUGAGCCACAAGUUAGCAGGAGUGGUCGGUUGAUUAAGCCUAAAAAGUUCCUAGAUGAAGGGGAGGAAGCUUCCCGUCCACCAUCUGCUGCUGCAACCCCGACAUCUGCUCCAGUAGGGACUCCUGUGGGAGCCCCUGGUACACCAGCUUCUGGAACUCCUGCCACUCGUGCCACACUUGCACCCACUCCUGCCACAACCCCUAUUUCCACCCACACCUCUGUUCCUGAAUCUGAUGCAAGUUCAGUCUCUUCUUCAGCCCCUAAUUCUGCUGCUGCUGCAGCUCCAUCAUCAGGUGUGGCUCCUUCUGCUGCUGGUGAAGACACACCCACUCCAGCAGACACUCCUGUUUCUAAAGCACCAGCUGAGGCCUCGCUGCCAGAAGGCAAGGAUACCCCAGUGAAUAACACCAAUGCUAUCAAGACCCCAAGCUCACCCCCACCAGCAGCAGCCACCAACAAGAAGAGGUUGUCACAGGCCACUGCUGAGGAGACUCCAGCAACACCAGAAGUGUCUACACCAACGGCCCCUCCUCCUAAGAAGAGAGGCCGUCCUGCAAAGAAUCGAGAUGUUGAUGCUUCCCCAAAAGUCGCUGCAAACUCUGUCUCCACACCCAAGACUCCUGCAUCACAAGAUACUACCUCAAAGUCAUUCUCACCAGCCACUAAGGCUCUUGGAGACAGUGUGAAACAGUUGCCAGCAAGAGAAAAGGGGAAAAAUCAGUUGAAACAGAAUGAAAUAGAACUCCCUAAAGAGACGGAUGUUUCAAGUAAGCAGACAUUUUUGAAACUAAAAACUGAUAUUGAGUCUGGAACACUAAAUGCUGAUGAACUUAAGGAACUUUCAAAAGCAAGUGAGAAAGAUGAAAUGCAUGCAGCAAUUGUAGAAGAAAACAGAAGAUAUACAGAGACAUGUAAAGCCAAGACCCUGGACAUGGAAGCACAGCUGCUUGACCUGGACCAGAAGAUCCGCGAGGCCUUGUCUGUAACGAAUCCUAGGAAGGAUGAUGCCAAACUCUACCUAGAAAAAAUGUCAAAAUUAGUCAUUUCUGGAUUAAUGCUAAAGAAGAAUCCUCAUGUUGUGGAUGCUAUUAAAAAAUGCCGCAGAUACAAGUAUGAUGAUGAGGUUCGGCUGAAGGCAGAUAUGGUGUACAACAGAUUUAAGCUGCUGUUUGUGGUGCCUGAAAGUCAAGAAUGGGACACAAUGUUUGCUGAAAAAGUAGCUGAAUUUGAUGAUGCUUGUCAUCGGUCGGGUAUUUCUGAGGAAAGCAAAAUCUCACUUGUUAGAGACCCAACUCACCACAAAUGAUCAGUAAAUGAAUUUUGAAAAACCUGGAAAAGUUAGCUUGUGAUAAUCCAGUUACUAUACUUGGCCUUGGAGUGGGUAAGAGGUCUGCACCCUUCAUGAGUCCCAAACCAAAGCGAAGAUAGAUGAGGCAAAACACAUUUCAGCUGCUGGGAUUUGAAACCUACCUAAAGUACAAGUAUUGUCAUGAUAUAAGCCGAGCCAAUAGGGAUUGUUGGGUGUGGCUAGUUGCCAUGAUCUCUGUUGGUGCUGCAGGUUUCCAGAAAAGGUUACCUGUUACAAUUAAACAGGAUGUUAUUUUUGUUUCUGGAUAAAACAUUUAAUUGAAAUAAGUGAUACUGGAUUUAUUGUGGAUGUGAGUCAUUAUGUUAUUACAAAUUGCUAUGUUUGCAUAUAUAAACUUACCAUUUUCUAUACAUGGGUAAUAAAUAAAUGCAAGAUAAUCCAAUUCAGUGGGAAGAAAGGGCAAAUUUAGUACCUGACAAAUAGUCAAUCACAAAUGUGCAUAUUAUUAAGUGUUCAAGGAGUUGCUCUUUAUAGAUUUAGCGUUUUCUUGUGGUUAAAGAGCUCUUUGAUGAUUAAUUAUUGAGAGUACAAAAGUUUCAUCUCAGUAUUUCUUCGUAACAGUACCUCAAAAUACUUUGUGACUACAAUAUAUAUAUAUAAGCUUUUAGGUUAUACACAACACUAGCAUUGUAAGUGAUGCUGGUGAAUGGUCUUCAGGAGUUCCAUAAAGGUCCAGAUCAAACAUUUGGUAACACUGGAAAUUUUAUGUUGAGAUUGAAUGCUGUUAAAAGAUUAUGUAUAAAGUUAGCUGAAACAUCAUACUAGGUAUCUAGAAUCACAACAUAGUAAGCACUGCUGCUGCUGCUGUUGCUGCAGGGGGACACUGAGUUGCUGGUACAUACCAAGUACCUCACCAAAGCUUGCUCUAUCCAGUUAUCAUUGCCUUAUCUUUGUAAAACUAUAAGUAUGAUAAUUUUCACUAUAUAAAGGAUAUAGGUAACUGAUUUUUGCUGGUCUUAGAUUCUCCUGGGUGAAGAAGUAGAAUUAUAGGAAUGUAAAUUACAUGUGUAGCCUCCCAGCCAAUCAUAAUAGCACAGGCCAUUGGUGGGUGAGUUAAAGGGAAUCAUGCACUUUUAUCUUUUAGACUGCAUUUAUUGAUUGAAAGAGGGUAUACUAUUUGCAGUCUGUAAUGCCUUGAAUGGUUAUGUUGUCACACAUCAGACUAGACAAUUGUUUUUAUUUAUUUAUUUUUGAUGGUGCUUAUAAUGUUUUGAUUCUAGAUGCCUCUUAUUUGAUAUAGCAUUUAUCUUAGGUGGGGGAUAGCCAAGACUAGCUUUUGUCAUUGAAAAAAAGAAAAAAAAGAAAAAAAACAGGAUGGAGUUCCAGUCUCUUGUCUCUACCACUCUUAUACAACACACAAGGAGUAUGGUAGCAGUGUUCUAACCUAUGGGGCUAGCACUGUUUUCAAAAUAUUAACAAACAGAUUUAGCAAUUUUUGAAACUGAUACAUUAUUUGCAUUCACUUAGAUGAACAUUUUUGGUUCCAAUAAUUGUGGUCACUAUUUCAUUGAAUAUUGAGCUUGGUAUAAUCAUCAUAACCCAUAAUGAGCCUACAUAUACUUAGUUUUCCCCACAAAGUUCUGCUCUUUAUUUUAGCUGUUGUCUUUGAAAUGAUCAGUUGCUGCUGUAUGAAUUGUUUUCUCUAUUUAGCACAUUAGUUGGGGGAAUUGAAUGAUUUAGAUUCAGUUAUGUGUAUAUAUGAAUGUAUGGAAGGUGAGAUGAAAGAGUUAUGCAAGGAAGUAAAGUUGUAAGUACACAGUAAUGUAGAUAUGUUUUUAUGGUGUUAUAUGAAAACAGGAUGAGCAACACUGAAUCCAGUUCAGUGAACCUUAGAUGACAUGUGCUUUUCUGAUGUUGUGAUGAGAAGGUUUGAGAAUAUAAGGAGGGAAUGCAAUAGAGUCUUAUGUCUCAUUCAUCUUGUGGGAAUAGUUUUGAGAAGCAGCUAUUGGCAGUGAAGUAUAGAAUAGUUAACUCAGGCCACACUCUAGAAAUGCAUAGCUUAAGAUCCCAUAAGAUACAUCCUAAAGUUAAGUGUAUACUACAGUUUUAAAGUUUAUAUUUUCUAUUGUAUUUGAUGUCAUAACUUGAAAGGAAGCAAUAAUUUUAUCUGAGAUGAUUAUUUGCUGGAUAUUUUUUUGUGCUACAGUGGAACAUGUUGGCUGAAGUUCUUAUGUCUUUAUUUUCAGAAAUAUUUAGAUCAACAGAUGUGGAAGACUGAUAUCAGUAAAUCUCAAAAUCCCCAAGUUGAUGAAUAUCUUGUAGCAUGUAUGUCAGUGUGCUUGUGGAUGAAUGGGUAUUUACUGCAACUGUUCUGUCAUGCUUGUCUUUUCCAUUGCUCCAGAGGUUUUCUUUCAUUGCUGCUAAGUAAACUUUGUUGAGGAUAUGCACUGAAUUUUUUUUUUUUUUUUCCUCCAAUAUUUUUCUUCAUUAUAUGGUAAAGUAGCCUAUAUUACAACAUUGUAAUAAUCUACCAUGCUGGUUGGUAGGUGCUAUAAGUGAUUGGUGCCAUGACAGUUACUCACUAGACACCUCCUUACUUACCUUUCAGUUGAAGGCCCUCAGGAAGAGGCUGGGAAAAGGGGAAAAGAAAAUACAAGUCCUUUGUCAAAAAGCUGAACAGAAGGAAAGCCACAUAGUAUUAAGAGAUCAACAAAAUUAAGAUCUAGCUAGUACUUAAAAUAAGGCUUCAACUGAACAAUGUCAUGGCUACCUUAGCGUUUAAGGUAAUGUUUGUGUGGGUAAAGCUGUAUUCUUGGAAGAUCACACAUUUGGCUCAAGAUUGAGUGGCUGAAGAGGUAACCAGGUAUGCAGAUAACUUCAUCCUGUGGUUAUUGACUCCUUUUGAGUAGAAGAGUUUUGUGCUGAUGUGAAUGCUGUUACAAGCUUGGUUGGAUCUGUGAGAAUUGGUCCUAAACAUAGGGUUACUACUACAUUUCAUAGCACAUGAUAGUUUAAGCCUUACCUAGGUCUUUAUAUUCAUUAGUAUGUGAAAAAAAAAGACUAGUUAGAUUGGCUGUAAAUGCUAUUGAGUUCAGGAUUGUAUGUAGCUCCCACCAUUGUAUCAGAUGUUAAGGGUUGAAGUAGAUGCUUAGUGAAAAUAUGUACUAUUUUGAAAUCUUAAAAUGUAGAAGAAAAGUUGCAAGAUUUUAUCAUGUCCUGUGUCCUUGUGUAUAUACAAUAUAUUUUCUCUAUACUUGUAAAGCUAUAAGACGUAGAAUUAAACCAUAGCAUAAAACAAAAUUUUACUGUUCAUGUUCUAUAAAGAAAACAAAAUCCCCAUCCACCAAAAAAUGACAGCAGUAACUGUGCUCACAUUCUGUCCACCACAUGUUGAGUUAGUAGCAACCACAAACAGGAAAUACAGCUUAUUAUUUAAUGCAUAUGUAGUAGUGAGAUGUACUGAUGGAAAGUGUGUACAUACUUUAUCUUUUUGCUUUGAUUUGACAGUCAAACUAAUGGAAAACAUUGUUUUUGUUGUCUUUUGUUAUGGAACAGGAUAUUAUUAUUAUCAUCAUUAUUAUUAUUAUUUUAUUGUCAUUAUUAUGGUUAUUAUUAUUAUAUUUUAUUUUAUUUCAUUAUUUCCUUAAAGUGGAUGUAUGACAAAUCAGUAUGUGGGUUUCAGCAUUUCUACCUUUGGUCUGCAGUUAAUAUCAUCAUGAUUAGAAAGAGUAGCACAGGUGUAGGAGACCCAAUACAAGCUCAGUGGAGCAUGGCCAGUGAGAGAAAGACUACUGUGUUGAAGUAGACACAAACUUAUGCCUGGGUGUGUUGUUUUCAUGUGUCGGUGAUAGAGUAGGAGCAGUAUUGACCCAUUCAUUAUGAUGCAUUUAUAAGACAAAUCUCAUAGACUGGGUGAUAAUGUGCAACAUGUAUUCCUUGUGAUGGAUUAAAAUUAAGCUAUUUAAAGAAAAAAAAUCCAUUUGAAAUGAAUAAGGAUUAAAUAUUGUCUUAAAGUCA